UCAGCAAUGUAUUUUAUUUGUUUAAAAAAUACAUAAAAGAUUAAAUAUUUACUCUAUCGUAAUAAUGUACAAGUGAAUUAUUACAUUUUUUUUAUAAAAAAAAAUAUAUGUUUAUGUGUAUAUAUCAAUACAUAAUAUUCCAAUUCAUUUGCUGGUUGCCAUCUGAUUCAAGAUGCCCGAUAACAAUGGAGACAUUACACAAAAUACUUCUGACAAUAAUGUAGAAGUUAACACUUCUAGAAUUAUCUGUGAUUAUCCAUCUACAACUGAUCAUGAAAAAGGUUGUAUAAUUGAUGGAGACAUUCACAUUCCACCGCCUCCUAUUAAAUAUAAUUAUAAUAAUAAGCAAUUUAAUAACCAACGUUUAGUUAUAAAACAAAUUGUUUGUAACAAUUUUAAAAGUUAUGCAGGUGAAGUAAUCAUUGGACCAUUUAAUGAACGUUUUUCAUCAAUAGUUGGCCCUAAUGGUAGUGGAAAAAGCAAUGUCAUUGAUUCUAUGCUCUUUGUUUUUGGUUUUAGAGCAAAUAAAAUUAGAACCAAGCAUAUCUCAGAGCUCAUUCAUCAUUCUAGUGAAUAUCCUAAUGUAAACAGCUGCACAGUGGCUGUUUGUUUUCAUAAAAUUAUUGAUAAUAAAAAUGAGUGCAAAAAUAAUAUUGAAACUGUUUUAGGCAGUGAAUUUGUUAUAUCAAGAACUGCAUUUAAAAAUAAUACAUCAUUCUAUCAAUUAAAUGGAAAAAAAGUGCAAUAUAAAGACAUAAUAAAUUUAUUUAAGCAUAAUGAAAUUGAUCUUGACUAUAAUAGAUUUUUAAUUCUUCAAGGAGAAAUUGAACAAAUUGCUUUGAUGAAACCUAAAGCUCAAAAUGAACAUGAUAGUGGUAUGCUGGAAUUCCUUGACGACAUCAUUGGCACUUCUAGAUAUAAAAUACCAUUGGAACAACUAUCACAAAGGGUAGAACUAUUGUCUGAAAAUUUGAAUGAUAAAAUUAAUCGACUUCAUGUAAUAGAACAUGAAAGAGAACAGUUAAAAGAAUCUAUGGAGAAGGCUGUAGAUUAUCUAAAAAUUGAAAAUGAUAUUGCCAUUUCAAAGCAUAAGUUAUAUUGUUAUAAAAAAGCAACGCUAAUCAUAAAAUUAAAAGAUAAAGAAAGGAGUGAAAAAGAAAUAGCUGAUGAUUUAAAAAAAUUAAAAGAAAAAAUAGAAUCAAUAUCUAAGGAAAAAAAAAUGAAAAAUGACGAUUUAAAUAAAAAAUCUGAAGCUUGGAAGGUUGUGCAAAUGAAAUCAGAUUCAAUUCGUGCUCAAUUCGAUAAAAUACGCAAUAAAGAUGAAGUACUUUUUGCUGAACUUAAAGAAAUAAAUAAACGUCGAAAGGAAAAUAUAGAAGUCGUUAAUAAUGAAUCAUUCAAGUUACAACAAUUAAAUAUGGUGCCAGAAAAAAAUGUAAAUAUGAUUAAAGAAUGUGAAAUAUUGAUAGAAAAAAAAACAAUCAAUCUCCACAAAGAAGAAAAUAUUCUUGAACAUCUCAUGAGUAAUUUAAAAGAAAAAACUAAACCGUUACUGAAAAAACGAGCAGAAUUUGAAAAUCAACUGAUAAUCCAUCAUAAAGGUGUCGAUCAAGCUAAGGCAACGUUAGAAUUGGUGCAAUCUGAAUAUCAGUUCUAUACAUCGACUCAGAAUGAAGAGAAGAAAAAAUUAGAGGAACUUCACAGAAUAAUUAAUGUAACAGAUGGAAAUUUAAAAAAUCGCAAAUCACAAAUUACUUCUCUUGAAACGAAAAUCCCAGUAUCCAAAAAAAAUUUAAUACUAGCUCAAGAUAAGCUAGAAGAAAUAAAAACGAAAGUCAUGAAAGUAUCAGUUAAAAUAAAAAAAAUUAAAAUACAGAUCGAAGAAAAAAAAUAUACUUUGACCAGAAAUACAUCCAGCAAUAGAGUACUAAAUACUUUAAUGCGUGAAAAAAAAGAAAAAAACAUUUCUGGAAUUUUUGGUCGACUUGGAGAUUUAGGAGCUAUUGAUCUUAAAUAUGAUAUUGCAGUCUCUACUGCUUGUGGACCUUUAGAUAACAUUGUUGUAGAUACAGCGAAUACAGCUCAAUCAUGUAUAGAAUUUCUUCGCAUUAAUAAUGUAGGAAGAGCAACUUUUAUAGCUUUAGAUAAAAUGAAUCGUCUGUUGCCUUAUUGUAAACAAAAAAUAUCAACUCCUGAAAAUGUUCCUCGGUUAUUUGAUCUUAUACGAGUUGAGGAUGAACGAGUACUUCCAGCAUUUUAUUACGGUCUACGAGAUACUUUAGUUGCUAAUGAUUUAGAUCAAGCUACAAGAAUAGCUUAUGGAAGUAGGCGAUACCGAGUGGUUACGCUGAAAGGUGAAUUAAUUGAAAUGUCUGGGACAAUGAGUGGUGGAGGUUCUACAUCUUUCAGAGGAAGAAUGGGACAAUCUGUUGCAGAUAAUAAUUCAUCAUUAGAAAAUAUUGCUAACAUGGAAGAAACCUUAGAAACUUUAAAUAAAGAAUAUCAAGAUUUAAAGUUUAAGCAAAGAUCGUCAGAAUCAGAAGUUGAAAAAUUAAAUAUAGAGUUAAGAGAUAUGAAUGUUGAAAAAGAUAAAUUCAAUAUCGAAAUUAAAACUCUUAGUGAUCAGUUGGCUUUAUCGAAGUCGCAAAUAAAAGUUCAAGAAAAGAAAACAGCUAAUUCGGUUCUUAAUCCAGUAAAAAUAAAAGAAUAUACUAAUGCAAUUGAAGCAGCAAAGACAAAAUAUGAUAAAGUAAAAAAUGAAUCUCAAAGUAUUGAAGAAGAAGUUGUUAAAAUGAAUAAAGAAAUUGAUAAAAUAUUGGGAGGCUCUUUGAAAUUUCAGCGAAAAAAAAUAACAGAGUUAAAAAAUUCUAUCGAUAAAGCCAAAAGUGAAAUUUGUAAACUUCAAGUCGCCAUAAAAAUAUCUAAACGAGACGUAAUAAAAACAGAAAAAAAAAUAGAAACUUUACAAAAUGAAAUUCAGGAAUGUGAAAACAAGUUACAUGAUAUUCAAGAGCAAAAAAAACAGUGUGAAAUAGAUGCUAAACAUUUAUUGACUAUUUUAGAUGAAUGUACAGAAUUAUUGAAAGAAAGGGAUAAAAUAACAAAGUUAUUGGUAGAUGAAUUGAAAGUUUUACAAGAAAAAGAAGAUAAAAUAAAAGCUCUACGAAUUGAUAUAGAACAUAGGCAUCAAGAUAUUAUCCAAGUAUUAAAAAAUUUACAGUCAACGCUUGAAAGCUAUAGAACGAAUAUAAAUAGAAUAAAAUUAAAUAAAAUUCCUGGACAAUGUGAAAUAAUUUUGAAAGACUUAGAUGAAAAUGAAAUUACUACUUUAGAUGAAGAAGUUUUAGUUGAAAAUCUUACAUUAGCUAAAAAAAAAUUACCAGAAUCUAUUCCUAAUAUGCAAGUUAUUGAUGAAUUUUUUGCAAAAGAUGCAAUUUACAUGCAAAAAUCUGAAGAAGUUCUAGAAGCUACCACGAAAAGAAACAAGUUACGUAAAAGCUAUGAUAUGAUAAAAAAAAGAAGAUAUGAUGAAUUCUACGCUGGAUUUAUGGAAAUAACUUCUAAGCUCAAAGAAAUGUAUCAGAUGAUAACAUUAGGAGGUGCUGCUGAGCUUGAACUCGUUGAUUCGAUGGAUCCAUUUACUGAAGGAAUAGUAUUCAGUGUACGUCCACCAAAAAAAUCAUGGAAAAAUAUAAGUAAUUUAAGUGGUGGAGAAAAAACAUUGAGUUCUUUAGCUUUAGUAUUUGCUCUUCAUUAUUAUAAACCAACUCCAUUAUAUUUUAUGGAUGAAAUAGAUGCCGCUUUAGACUAUAAAAAUGUUGCUAUUGUUGGAACUUACAUUAAAGAACGAACUAAAAAUGCUCAAUUUAUUGUGAUAAGCUUGCGAUCAGAAAUGUUUGAGCUUUCAGAUACCUUAAUAGGAAUUUAUAAAACUUACAAUGCUACUAAAUGUGUACCUUUCAAUAUAAUUGAUUUCUUCAAAAGACAUCCAAGUUUGGAGUCACGAGAAAAUCAACGUCUAGCAACAUUGGAAGAGAAGUGUAAGAAGAGACGUUCACAACUCAUAACGAAAAAAUCUGGAAUAAGUAAAUCGAUGAGCUUAUCUAAUACUGAUUUUGAGAGUUCUCAUGAUAAUAAUGGUAAAAGUCUUAAUAAUGAAGGAAUAUGCAGAAAAAAGAAUAGACAAAUUGAUUAUAAUAGUAGAGUAUAUUCAACUUCUCCACCAACAAAAAAACAACGUCGUUUAGCUUAUCGGAGAAAAAUUUCUAGUUCUUCUGAUAAUUUAAGUUCUACAUCAUCAAUCUCUUCAACAUUGAAUAGGGACGAAGCAAUAGCAAUGAAGGCAACUUCAAAGAUUUUAAUGAAAAAAAGAAGAAUAGAUUCUAUUAGAAAAUAAAUAUAUUGUAACAAUAAAAUUGCAAUUUUUUAAUGUGAUUAUUUAUAGAAACAAGUUGAUGUUAUUUCUAUUUUUGAAAUCAAUCGUACUUAAUGUAGCUUUAUAAUGAAUUUUUGUACAUU